UUUAGUCUGUAAUGGGGGAACAAGAAUUCUUAAUGUGUCAGAUAAACGCGUGGUUCUGACAGGAUCAUCAUGGCGGCGGCCGCAGCUAGGGGGCGCUAGAGCUACUGCAGGCCUGCCUCCUUCCCAUAGUAACGAGAAAAGUAGCCGCCUCUAGCAACGCCAGGCUAUCGGGACACAUCGAUAUGAAACACGCGUGCUGUCAACAUGGCCUCUACAGCUAGUAACACCAGCAAGCUUGAGAAACCAGUGUCUCUCAUAUGGGGGUGUGAGCUGAAUGAGCAGAACAAGACCUUUGUGUUCAAAGUGUCAGAUGAAGACAAGACCGAGCACCAGCUGGCCCUAAGAACAGUAUGUCUGGGGGACAAGGCCAAAGAUGAGUUCCAUAUAGUAGAAAUAGUUCCUCAAGAGGUAGCAGGGACUGUCUCCCAACCUGUUCCCAUAGCCACUCUAAAGCCAUCUAUUUUGCCAAUGGCUACGAUGGUCGGCAUUGAGUUGACUCCCCCGAUCACCUUCCAGUUGAAGGCUGGCUCUGGACCUGUAUAUAUUAGCGGUCAGCACAUUGCAUUGGAGGAAGAUUAUUCAUGGGCCGAGGAGGAGGACGAAGAAGAGGAGGUAGAAGAGGAAGAGGAGGAAGAUCCUGAAUCUCCCCCAAAAGCAGUUAAAAGGCCAGCAGCCUCCAAGAAAGGAAGCCAAGCGAAGAAGAAGAAAAUGGACAAAGAUGAGGAGGAAGAGGGCUCUGAAGAAGACAGUCCAGUAAAAAAGGGCAAAGGAGCAGGAAGAGGCAGGAAGCCAGCUGCUAAGAAAUGAGAUGUUGGUUGUUGAUCUUUGUCUUGUCUAGUGUGUGAGAUAUCCAGACCACAAUCUUAUGGCACUGUCAAUGUUCACAGACAACCUAUCCAAUCAGGGUCACCUCCAUCCUUUCAACCCAUUACACCAGUGACAAAGGCAGGCCAAGCUGGAUGUCAUCAUAAUGUAAUAUAUGCUCUUCAAGUGUUCCUGUCUUGUAAUCUGUCCAAUAAAGUUCCUUUUCUA